CGUACGCGGGUAGUGGGGAAAUACAGAAGUGCGAGCGGGAGCGCGCGGCGGAGGGACGAGGAGGGCAGAGACGUGCGCGUAGAGGGAGCGAGCGACCGCCGAAAGCGUAAGGCGAACCAUAAUUCGGUGCGCCGCCCCGCAAUCAGGUUCGUGAUCGUGCUAUCCAGCCGCCUCGCUCGUCGUCAUCCGGGAGAGAGAGAGACGGUAGUUCUGUGCACGCUUUUACUCGCGUCGGUUACCUCGCUCCGGUGCUCGUUCAACUCCUGACGCUACGUGUGAGCGGCGUGCGCGUGAUCCGCGAUUCAUUGAUCUUAAACGCGCGCGCGCUGCCUUCGAUUCGUAUAUCGCGCGGUAACGCGCGACAGGACAGUGUCGCCGCGCGAAGGAGAGGAACGCUCUCGGUGGAGAGUAGUGGUGCCCCGACGAGGAACGGUAACAAGCGAGAAGAACGUGGGAGAGAGAAUGAAGAGGAGCGCGAUGCCACACCGGUAGCCGCUGUGACGCACCGAAGUCCGUUCAGUUACUCGUUCUUCGUUCGUACGGUUGCUCCGUGAUCGGCCACGCGCGCCCGGCUUACGGAUCGGCCGAACCUUCCGAUUCUCACGUGUCACCCGGGACGACGACGAGGAAGAGGCCGUUAUUUUCGGCUGCUAGUGCGGUUAAGAGAGAAGAGACCCGACGGAGAGCGAAGGCAGAGGAGCACGGCUUGAAAACGGAGCGAGAAGGGGGAGAAACGGGGGAGAAAAGGGCAACGAGCAGAAGACGUAGAAAAGUGAAGGAAAAGUAAGCAGAGGGUGAGAAAGGGCAUGAAAAACACGGAUACAGGCACGAGCCGAGGUGAUUCAAUAGGUGGUAGCGAGCAAUCAAGAACGGAAGACGAGUGUAACCCAGAACGAAGGGGCAGUGUAAGGUGCGAGAAAGCGCGGAUAGGGACUUCCAAUUUCGGCAGUCCACUUUCCGCUACCGGAUGUCGGGCCGACAGCACAAGACGGAAGGGCGAUCGUGGAAGGACCGAGCAAUCGCAUUAAUCCCCACUUGCAAAUAAUUCUUAUAUACGCGGGAGUAAAUAAUACCCGUGUCAGGGACCUAUUGCGAGUGCUGGAGCAGAAGAGUCAAUUUCAAGUGGAGGAAAACAACAGAGUUUUUCGACUUUACUCGGUCGACAAUACGGACGACGAAAGGAGACGCCGUCCGCCAGCCGUCACAUCUCGUUGUCUCCGGUUCAGCGUUUUCAGGUACCGCUUUCAGGUACCUUUCAGUCAUGACGCAAGUACUAUGGAAUCAACCAAUGCAGUGUAUCAACGCAGUGUACCUUUGUAUCUGACGAGCGACUUUCAUUUUGGCAAUCACUUCGGGUGGUCGGUUGAACAACAGCUGCCGCCGCAUAAAAGAGAUUCGGUUUGUCCUGGAUAUCGAGCAUCGAUUAAUCCCUCGGAGAUAAAGAUAACGGUGUGUUGAACAAAUAAUCGGCCAAUCGGCCGUUCACGUCGGCGCAUCAUCAACAACGUCACACUGACGGGCUUAACUUGAAGCGCGUCGGGCGUUUACGGUAAUACGACGAGUUCACACCCACCACAACGCUUGGCCUACAGCGUUUGACGUUUUGAUCGCGCGGCUCCAAGGUUGCUCGCUCGGAGUCUUCGAGGAGAAGCGGAACGUGAAACCGAGUGAAAGGGUGAGGAGACGAAGUGAAGUGAGAGGGUGUUCUCGUGGAGUGCCAGAGUGAGCACGAUAGCACCUCUGGUGCCCUCGGCCGUGGGUCCCGAGGGGACGGACGCCAUGGCGGCCUCUUCAUCGUCGAGCGGCGAGCAGCAGUACUCACUCAGGUGGAACGACUUCCAUUCGAGUAUUCUGAGCACAUUCCGGAAUCUGAGGGACGAGGAAGACUUCGUAGACGUCACGCUUGCCUGCGACAGUAGUAGCUUCACCGCGCACAAGGUCGUUCUCUCGGCAUGCAGCCCGUACUUCCGGAGAUUGCUCAAGGCGAAUCCAUGCCAACAUCCAAUCGUGAUUCUGAGGGACGUCGCGUCGUCCGACAUGGAGUCGAUACUACGCUUUAUGUAUCAUGGGGAGGUGCACGUGGGUCAGGAGCGACUGCCCACCUUCCUGCAAACGGCGCAGAUGCUUCAGGUUCGAGGACUGGCGGACGUCAACAGCGGCGCGGCUACCGCGAAAAUUCCGCCGCUGCCGUCGUCGGCCGGCAACAACGGUAGCGCACCUGCGACACCUCGUAAUCCUUGGCAGGAUACUGGGAGAGAUCUCAAUGAAGACGGUAUGAGUCCGACGCCGAACAAGAGAGCCAGGAGCUACAGCCCGACGAUGGCUAACCACGUCGAACACAAAUCGGAUCUUCAAGAGUCCUUGCUCGGCCAGGCUCUCGAAGGUGGCCCUACAAUACACACGACACCCAGCAACAAUGUACAGGCGCAAUCGACUGGCGACGACUCCAACUCCAUAUCUGACAACGAGGAGGACGCGUCGAAUAACGACAGCAUUCUGAACUCUGUGAAGACCGAGCCAAGUGAUAUUCUAAACGAUGCUAUGGAACACCACCGCACUAACUUCCCCACGGCACUAUUGAAUCUUCAAGGGCUGAUACCGGGACCGUCCGGGAUUCACGCGGCAAAUCAGGAUUCGAGCUACGGGCGGUGGCAGCCCUCUGGAGGAGAUGGUUCAAGCUCGAGCUCCGGUUGGCUGCCCGGUACAUCCUCCACGAGGAACGAGCACGCCGGGUCUGGAACUUAUCAGAGCGGUGGUCACAACUCGAAAGGUCAGGAGCUCUCGGCCCUCCUCCAUCACCAUCACCAUCAGCACCAUCAUCACCAUGCCACCAGCCAACAGUCGUCGCAGCAACACGCCCUCAAUGCCCUCAACCCGCUCAACAGCCUCAACACUGAGCAACUGACGAUGAUGCAUCAGAAACUGCAGAACAACCUUCAAAGCCUCCAGCAGAGCGGCAGCGCCGCUAAAGGCGAUCAGCUGAAUCUGAUGCUGCAGUCCUGCGCGAAGGACAAGAUUGAGAGUAUGGCGAUGCUGCAUCAGCAGACUCAGAGGCGGUAUCAGCAGCAGAUGGAUAACGCGAGCCACACCGGCAAGCCGAAGUGUCCCGAGUGCGGCAAGAUAUACUCGAACAAUUCCAAUCUGAAGCAGCACAUCGUCAACGUGCACACCGUGCAGACCGAGUACAUCUCGUGCCACGUGUGCAGCAAGCAAUUUAAGACCAAGCAGUAUCUGCAGAUCCAUCUGCUCUCCAUGCACGGAAUCCGAAAGCGAAAGAGCUACCCCCUGUACCAGGUGCAGUCGCACGUGCAGGCGCAACAGCAAUCGUUGCAGCCCGCCUCUCAGGUCUCCGCGGGCCAACCGCCCCAACAGCAAUACGCCGCGGCGGAUAGAUGGCCCGACGACAAACAGUGAUCCGGAAAUUGAACGGAACACGGAUCGCGCUCGUGAUUAUCGUCCCCGCGCAUACGCGAGGGAUCCUGACAGGAUUCGCUUUCCGUAGAUGAAUUAUUCGCCCAUUAGUCGUCCGAGAGAGCGAAUCGGCCGAUGAAAGGUUCCGUUAGAGGUUGCACCGUUAGAGGUUGGCUAAUGCAGCUAAAUCGUCUCACAGUGAUGAACCCGUCGUUAUCACGGAGGGAUCAGACGUGGACAACACACACACACACACACACACACCCGCGUGCAUCCUUGCGCUUUAGGGAGACGCCGAUCACAUGCGACGUGUGUGUGUGUGUCUCGCAACGAAAGUGAGGUGACACUGAUCCCGCUGGUACAGCCACCGGCUCACUGUACACCCCGUGAUCACAGUUGUUCAUGUGUGUAUAUAGAUGUACAUGUAGGCUCUGUGAUGCGCUGGAGGAAGGUGCGUCGAUGCGGCAUGCCUAAUAUUCGCUAGUAGCAUGGGACUGAAGGUGCGUGCAAUCCUAUUAGUUAGCGGCUCUGCGGAAUGACCCUUUGAAUUUUAGUUCCGAAACGAUCUCAUAUACUGAGUGAACACGCCCGGAUUAGUAGUAGACAGGCGUACUGCGACGACGAGCUUCUGCUCCGAAAGUAAAGUGAAAGUAAGCCCGAUUAUUCGAGUCGGAGCUUCGGACGAGAGUUGAAGCGCGCGCGCUCUCCCGUCAGCUAGAGAGAAAUUAUAUAUAACGGAGAUUUUAUACACACGGCCCACAGAUGUGCAGAAGGGAAUUACCCGACACACAGAAGCGUCUAUUUUGCAAGUUUUCGCAAGCAAUAUUUAAUAAAUCCAUUACCGAGACGCGACCGCAACAUUAACGUUUCCCCGGUUUCACUGUUUUAUCGGCCAAUAAUCUGAUUUGUUAUAUAACAUUUAUCGCGUGUAUAUAUAUAUAUAUAUAUAUCUUGGUGGAAGUUCUCUCUCUCUCUCUCUCCGCACUUCUCGUAUAUCUUCGCGAGAUCACCGGUAGAGAUAACCGGAUACCCUUAAUUGGUAGAUCACAAAUUCGCAUUUACACAUCCGAUAUUCUGAGGCAUUAAUUUUCGCGUAAUAUCGCCGAAUAAUUCGAUUAAUACAUUCCACCUCCCUCUCUAGCGCAUCAGCGCCGGUUAAAUUUGACCCUGAGCUUGCGUCGAAAGGGCCGCGCCUAAGCGAUCGAACCUCACUCGCAGAUAUUCGUUUUUUAUUAGAGCUCGGAUAAGGGUGCGGAGGUGUCGAUAGGUAAGGCGGAGGUGAAAGAGGGAUACUGGUACGAGAAUUGGCCGACCUAUUUUUGUCCCGUACCGCAGUGCGCAGUUCACCCUUCGCGGCAACGAUAAGCAGGCCUCCUCGAUUGGUCGGGAGAGGCAGGACGGGGGGAGUGUAAGAGAAAGAGAGAGAGAGAGAGGGGGUGGGAGAGAGAGAGAGAGAGAGAAAGAGACAGAGAGCUGAAGAAAGCUCCACGAGAGAGCUUUCUCGUGAAAUUCUUCGCGGUAUAAAUAGUGCGAUAAGUAAAGUGGUAUGACCGGCCCCAUUUCUUGAAAGGCAGUCCGCGUCGUGAAGCCACCCUCUCUCACGGUGUAUUCACCCUUUGUGGAAUUGGCGGCCUUUAUGGGAGAGUCGGGCGGAAUGAAGGAUUAUGUGGAAAUGGGUAGGAAAGCCGGAGAUACCGGCUCCCACCUUGAAGAGCCAUCGUGAUUAAUUUCGUCUUUCUUGCAUCGCCUCCUUUCUAUGAAAGGACUUUUGAACUCGCACGUGUGAAGCAUACGCCAUCUCGAUGAGGCUCCACGGAGAUCCGUCAUUUAGUUUCCGCGGAGAUAGAAAAGAAGCGCGUCCACAUUUGAAUCUCAAGAGAAAACGAUCGCGAGAAACUCUCUCUCUCUCUCUCUCCCCCCGAGGAACUCGAAAUUUCCGUCUAGAAACUUGCACGAUCAGGACCUCGCGAAGUUACUUUACAUAGCUAUCGGAAAUGAAGCCAGGUUAGUUGCAAUCUCAUGACAGCAAUAUAUCAUAACUGGCGUGACUGAUGUACGCAACAUGACGAUCGUGUAAUUAAUCAUGAGAUUCCAGCCGAUCGUCGCUGAUGAUGUCAAUUUAACCCGCGAACAAAAAGGACAAUCGUGAGCGAUACGUUUAAUAUUUUUUUUUUGCUCCGGUUCUCACUUUAAAAGAGAAAGAAUAUACGACACUUUCCAGAAUGCAGGAUAGAGAUCGGCGCAGCGUCACUUUGCCGCCACUCGUGACGUCUAUCAGGAACAUGAACGUGUACGUAUGUCACGCACGCUAUCGUCCGCGGUGUUACGAGGGAGAAAGAGAUAGGAUACGUCGUAUUGAUCUCGAGGAUUCAACAAACAGCACCUAGUACCUCCCGCACGUUCCUCUCUAACUCUAUCUUGCUCCUCCACCCGGUGCCAGGCCCGCCCUCAUUCCCGCUCCCUCUUUCCUUCGCCGAUACCUCUCCCUGUCUCUCAUCGUGUUCCAUACCAUUCGAUUCGCCCUCGCGUAUAGGGUUUGAUGAGGGCAAGCAACCCCGCUCGGACGAUAAUCGCAAUUCCAUUGUCGGGCUUUCGAUCGCCGUCGGUCCCGUCCCGACGAUUCUUCGCGUAAGGACCCGUCUCCUUCCGCACUCUCGCUACGACGGGAAAUGAGGCUGGCGAAUUGUAUCGCGGAAUGAUAUCAGGAAAAGUAAAUUGCGGCCGCGAGAUUUUCCUCGCUUUAUACCUCGUCGAUUCGCGCGCGUGACGCGGAAAUGCGAUGACGAUGUCGGCAAUAACGGCAAUAACGAGGAUCUGUCUUUAACGCGUUAUUAAGGAAGAAAACGUCGGAAUAUUGAAAUAUUUAUUUUUAACUUCGUCGAGAGAAAACAAUAGAGUGCGUUGAAGCCUUACAACCGCAAAGUGAGAGCGAUCGCGUCAUCUCGGUUGUCUUCCUAAAUAUCUACAAGUGUUUGUGAUACCAAUUUUUUUGAACAUUUUUUUAUCUAAUAUAUAUUUACAUGUAUAUUUAAAAGAAUGAAAACAUAAGGAUUACAUACAUUGUUCAAAUA